ACACGGCACAGAUAGGAAUUUGGCGGACAUAACCUCAAUUGGGAGGUUAACGUCGAAGAUAAAUUUGUUGUCAAAAUAGUACCGAAAAAGUUCCGACAAUUUAACCGUGAUGUUACGAGAUAUCAUCCACUACAAAAAUUUUUGAAAUUUCUGCGAAAGGUAGCAAAUCCGACACUUGGAAUAAGAUAAUCUAAUUUAAAAGAGAAAUGGCAGAAAAUAACGUCAUCAAGUCAAAAGAUGGGAACACGGAGAGCAGCGUGGACGUCAGUCGUUAUUUGAACAGCGCGCCGCCCACGAUCUUCGACGAAAUCGUCGCAUUUCAGAAGCCUUUAUUCGACAUGCAAUCGACUGCGAGUCGAGUCUCCAAUUACGAUCCCUUAUCCGACGGCGGGUCAUCAAGCGCCUUCGACGCGGAUUCUCUGCGCGCGUCCACGACCUCGCUGUUAGACUCUGCGGUUGAUCGGGUUGAGCACAGCGCGCUGAACGAUGCCUACAGAGACACGUGGAUACCGUCGGAGCAUACGCGAAAGAUAUUACGAUCCAUCGCAACCACUGCGACUGGCGCGAGUCACUUGGAUCGUGAGAAUCUCACUAUGCCCGGACUGGCUGUACAGGGUGACAUGCCCGACUUGAUCAAGAACGCCUCUAUUCACUUCCUAGGCGAGGACGAGAACAUCCACCGGAACGUGCUCACGGUGUCCGACGUGACGCAGGACGAGCGCGGUUUGAGGAAUCUGAUACAGGCCGGCUGCUAUCGAGCGGCAGUCAAUCUGUCCGGUAGGUUGCUGGCUAUCUAUGCUCAGGGCUACGGCAAGAUUAAUCAGCCCAGCAAGCACACGCCCCAUUCGCUGCAGCUCUGGUAUACGAGACUGUCACUGUUGGCCAAGCUGCGACAGAUAGAUGUCCUGGAAAGCGAGUCGAAGCCGUUUGGCAAUUUAGACAAACCUGACAUGUACUUCACUUUUUACCCGGAAUUGUAUGGCACCAGGCCAGGCUCCAUGGCGUCGUUUGCAUUCAGAUUAUUGCUGGCGGAAAUCCCGUCUUACUAUGGUAAACCGAAACAAACGUUAGAAAAUUUAUACAAAUUAUUGGCGACUGUUAACCAGAUUAUAGCUAAUUUCCGAGCUGGUCUCAGCGGCGAGGGGACGCACGCGAGGAUCAGCGAAUCCGAUCAGCAGGAUGCUGUGAAACUGUGGACUGCCAGGAAAUCUAGAAUCCUGGUCUCUGUCGUCAACUGCGCCAUCGGCAUGAGAAACUACAUUCUCGCGAUAGAGAUCCUGGAGGAUCUGUGCAAGCUGCCAGAUUGGAGCACGGAGCAGAUAGGUAUCUUAAAGUCGGCUAUAGGAAGGGUACAUUUGUUCCUCGGCGACGUUACAGCGGCGGAGAAGUAUCUUGUUCGCGCUAAUAAGGAAGAGAAGGCAACGAACGUCAGGGAGCUGGUGGAUAGCGGCCUAAUGGCGGUCGCGCAGAACGCCUUUCAAGAGGCCUACAACUGCUUCCAGUCCGCGUCGACGAUGGAUCCGUCCAACGUAAUGUUGAUCAAUAACAUGGCGGUGUGUUUGUUGUACACUGGUCAGCUGAAAGCGGCUGUAUGGCUGUACGAGAGCGUUGUCAAUAGAAAUCCACUCAAGAGUCUGCAAGAGCCGAUCUUAUUAAACAUGUGUACGUCAUACGAACUGCAUACGACACACUGUAAACAACCGAAGUUACACUUAUUGCGGCAGCUAAACAGAUACAAGGGCGACGCGGCCGAUAUUCAAUGUCUAAAACUAGCAAUGUAAUAUGUUAGUCACGAAUUGUUAUUGUUAAACGCGCGUUAACACAUUGCGAUCCAAGUCUGUUAUUUUUACAAAUUAUAAGCUGUGAUUUAAUUUAUGAAUAAAUGUAUAUAAAUACUAAGAUCGGAGAAUUCAGGUACCAGCAAUUCGGGUCACCUUUUUCAAAAAUUUAAUCUAAAUUGGAGAUUCUCAUCUUUAAGUUUAUUAAUCUACUUUCUUGAAAACUAUCAAAAAUUAAACUGACUUAAAAAAUUAAACGGACUUAGUUCUACUAUUGUUGACUAAUUUUCUUAUAUUUGGAAGUGGGAUCACCGCUGCACUCCGACAAAAAAAAAUGUUGCAAAUUUUUUACUAUUUUUAUGUACAAACUAUACUUGGGAUCGGGUCACAAAGCGUUGAUCCUCAGGGAAGAUGUAAAUGUGAUAUUAAUAAGAAUAAAAGUAUAAUGUUUUGUUACAUA